AUUCUGUCCUCGGUUGCCCAAAGUACGUAUGUCCUUUGCGAGAUCUCUCUCUCUCUAGAGAGAGAGAGAGAGAGAGAGAGAGAGAGAGACGUCAAACGAAGCCCACCAAAAGCAGCGAAGCCAUCAUCAUUAUUCAAUCCGCCGCAUUUGAACCGGAGGGCCGCCCUUUUCUUUUUCUCUUUACACGAAUUUUCAGGCCCCUAAAGACAAUGAAAGCGAGCCGUUGCCACCGCCCGGUCUUCUUCUUCUUCCUCUUCCAUUUCGCUCUUCCUGCACGCUGAUUUACCAUGGCCAAGCGCGUCUACCAAGCUUGGAAGGGAAACAAUAUAUUUAUUUUCAAUGGGAGGUUGAUUUUUGGACCAGAUGCUAGGUCACUGAUAAUUACCUUAUUGCUAAUCCUUGUACCUGUUAUCAUCUUUUAUGCACUCGUUGCGGGGAAUCUCGUCCAUAAAUUUCCAUCUUACAAUGCUGGAUACGCGAUUCUUGUGGUGGCAAUCAUCUUCACCAUCUAUGUGUUGGUGUUGCUGCUUCUAACCUCAGCCCGUGACCCAGGCAUUGUUCCCCGCAAUUUGCAUCCUCCAGAGGAAGAAUUCUGUUAUGAAUCUUCAGCUGCAAUUGAGGCUGGUGGAAGACCAACCCCAAGCCGGCAUUUACCUCGCACCAAGGAUGUAAUUGUUAAUGGCUUGUCUGUUAAGGUUAAGUAUUGUGAUACAUGUAUGUUGUAUCGUCCUCCUCGGUGUUCACAUUGCUCCAUAUGUGACAAUUGUGUGGAGCGAUUUGAUCACCAUUGCCCUUGGGUUGGCCAAUGCAUUGGAAAGCGAAACUACCGAUACUUCUUCAUGUUUGUUUCUUCUUCAGCUCUUCUCUGCAUCUUCGUCUUUUCUAUGUCAGCUUUGUACAUGAAAUUUCUAGUGGAUGAAUAUGGAACUGUUUGGAAGGCUAUGAAGGAGUCACUUGCAUCUGUGGUGCUAAUGGCUUAUUGUUUCAUUUCACUGUGGUUUGUCGGAGGUCUCACUGGCUUCCAUUGUUAUCUUAUAGGUACGAACCAGACCACAUAUGAGAAUUUCCGCUACCGAGCAGAUGGGAGGGUCAAUGUCUAUGACCGAGGCUGCCUGAAUAAUUUUGUUCAAGUGUUGUGCACAAAGAUAGAGCCUUCAAGGAACAACUUCCGUGCAUAUGUUAGAGAAGAGGCCCCAAGGCCUCACAGGGGCCCAACCCGGGAGCCAGAGCUAGAUGAUUCUAGCGGCAGCAGACGAGCAAAAGUAGAAGAUGAUCUAGAUAUUGGCAAUGAUCUUUUGAAGAUAUCCCAACGCCGUAAUUUUGAUGAAGUAGGGGAUAUUCGAAGUAGAGCCAGCGAUGGACUGCCUCAGAAAUCUCCCGAUGUUGACUUGGGUUUAGGUUUCGAACCUGCCUCUCUGUCAGACAGACACCACUCAAGUUUGGGUAGAAGAAAUGGAAGCAACGGUAUGUCACCGGUCUUUCCAUGAACUGGGAGUUUCUGCCGGAAGGUAAGGAAUUGGUGAAGGCAGUUUGGUUGAUCUGAGUUUGUGCGACACCAUGGAUGAUCUCAGGACGGGUAGCUCCACUUUCCCAAUUACAUCAUAUGCAUCAAGUCUUGGAAACUUGCUAGCUAGCUAGCACUAUUUUUCCUGGAAGAAGAAGUCAAAAGUGUUUCUUUCUUGUUGCCCCUCCUCUCUGAAUUCUUAGCUUAGCUUAGAUUAGAUGUCUUGUUGAAACAUUGGUGGUGGUCUCUGAAGAAGUAGUGACAUAAUUGUUUGGGUUGUCUGUAUAUUAUUACGUUUGUAUUGUAGAGGUUUGUGCCAUUGUUAUUAUUAUUAUUCCCUCCCUGUUUCUCUCAUAAGUGUUCCUGUUGAAGGCAUAUGAACUAGAGAAUGUUUUUUUUGACACUCGUGUUAUAUUUUAAGUAUGAAUUAUGUGGCGCUCUUAGGACAUAGGUCAAGUGGUUAAAUUAUGAUAAGUUGAUAUUUGUACCAUUAAGUUAUGAGUUCGACUCCUUGUCUUGUGCAAUAAAGCAAAAUCUUCAUCUGUGAUUUA